AUGGUUUCAUCCAGUUCAAAUAAUCUAACACUACCAACAGAGACAACAACUCCGAUAAUAUUACAACUAAAAACAAUCGCUUCAUGUUCAACUUUUAAUCUAACAUACAUACAAGUAAUUGGAUUAGCUAAAACAAAUUAUGAUAUUUUUGCGCAACAUAAAAAUGAUAUUUGUCGAAAAUUUGAACAUGUCUUAAUUCAACUGUUUAAUUCAUUAAAACGAUCUCUACCUCUCAUUGAAAAUCUUACACAAACCUUACAUCAUCUUGAUUAUUGCUCUGAAGUUCAUGCUAAUGGAUAUCGAACAUUAAUUUUAUCACAUGGUCAUGCAUGCUUACGAACUUUAGAGAUACUUAAACAGAUGAAUGCAAAACAUAUUGCUCAUUUGCAUCGUCGCAUACAUUCGUUGGAAUUAUUGCAAGAACUUAAAUCCUGGACGAAAACUCUUAAAGCCAUGGAGCACAGGCUGUCAUUGGCUGUUGGACUAGUCGACUGUUCGGAUAAACACUCAUUAUUUACUGAUGUUAGUCAAAUACCAUUGGAUAUUUAA